AUUCUUGAUUGUAAUACACUUUAAUGAUUGCAAGUAUGAAACAUCGUUAAACAAUUUCCAACUGUUUCUAUUAAAAAUAUUAUCUUCAUGUCUGACAGAAUUAUACGAUACAUAAAUAGAGAUAAAUAAAACAUCGUCGAUGUUUUAUGCUUCUUUUUUUCCAUACUUUUUCUGCUACAAGGAUUAACAUAUCGCGUGCAUAGAACGCGAAAAAUCAUUGGUAACAUAAACGGAACUGAAAACGACACGUAAUAAAUCGUGGAAAAAAUCGAUCUAUUAUGAAUGCCAUCGUAUGCAAUCGUGUUUUUCUCACGCGCAUUUGCGAAACGUUUAUUAGAUAAACGUUUUCCGCUUGCUACAAAGGUUUCAUUUCCAACAACAACAAUCUUCCUCGACGAUCGUGGUUCAUUUUUUCGCUAGACUUGCUAUCGUGCUACCUAGAAAAAGGAAGGAGAUGAUUGUAGAGCGUUUUGUUGGUGAUCAGAGCGUGUUGUAGAUACAGUUAGUCGAUUUUCUGUUGUGUAUGUAUACAUAAUGUCUCUUCUUAGAUCUCUGACGGGAGGAAGUGACACCGGUUGACGAACGCGGUUCCCAACUUUGAUCCUUGUCUUGAAUAAUGAACGCGCGCGGAAGAUUAAGACCCUUUCGUUGGCUUAACCAUGAGGGAGACAUGUGCGCGCUCACCGGGUAGUAAAAAUUGCUCGUUGUAUCAGAUUCAAUCUUUGCCCCUUAUCUUUCCACAUUCCCGGUAAAUUAAUUCUGGCGCGAGCUAAAUUAUAGUCGGAUCAACUGAUAUUUUCAUAUUUUACAAAGUCGCUUGAAAACGAUAUGAUUUUAAUUUUUCAAAUGAAAAAUUACCAAAAGUGAUCUUUCGAGAGUUUUAUUUUUAUUUGUUUUUUUUUUUGUAUCACUUUGUACAACAAAAAAAGUAAUGCAACUCUUUGAAUUGAACAGAGUUGCAGAGAACUGUUAGCUUCUUAUCUUUGCUCGCUUUCUGCUGGUACGACACCCAACAAUACAACCAUUUGAAAGGGUUGUAAAAGGUUUCUUUAGUGAUAUUUUCUCCCGUUUCCGUUAGGAUCGAUAAGGAAAAAUUGAAAAGCAAAUUGGCUGAUUAGCUGUCGCUUCGCUUUGCUCGUAUUUUUGAAACCAGACCACUUUCCAUUGUUGGAAACACGAAAUAAAAUUGCGUAAAAUCUCACGAAUACAUCGCACCUGCCCAUCGCACGUAUAGCCGAUCGCCUCGAGUAAUUAACCUCGUGGCGAAAAGAAAGAAAAAAAGAAAAAAGGAACGAAGGAGAAGAAAAAGAAGAAUUCGCGAGGAAGGGAAAAAUUACAGAGCCCCCCUUCGUCUUCUUCCUACUUUCUCGCGGUCGCGACGAAAGAAAGGCAGGUCGAUCGCAUUAAAAACGAACGUUUCGUUGGGCACGAUGCGCGCGUGCACGCACAGCCGCGCGCAACAGUGCGACGAGGAUGACCAAACUAAUGGCAGAUGGUGCGAGAACCGGCGGAGUGAGCAAGACGAACGAUGGCACUUGUCUCUCCCUCCUGCUGUUACUGUUAUUACUUGCUUGUUGUUGUUUCGAUAAUUCUUGACAUUGGCGGGAACAGUAUAAUUUUUCCAAAUAAUUUAGAAGCGUUAUAGAUUAAUUUUUAUACAGAUGAACGUUUGUUAAUUGUUAAUCGAAGCGUCACGUAGCGUAGAGGUUAGAAUGUUUCGAAUAAAAAUUCAUCUAAAAAGAAAAAAAAGAAAUAGAGAUAGUUGGUAUCAGUUUUAAUAUUUAUUUCGAUUAUAUUUCAACAAUAGUGUCAUAGAGGAACUGGAAUACCAUCAAGUUCAAAUAUCCUGGUUAUAUAAAGCGACACAUUCUCAAGAUGGCUCGUAUACGUCCGCUCGUUAACGCGUGCCAUCGAGUACCAUAUCUACGCCAAUGUUUGCCCACCAUCUCUGGUGUACGUCAGUUCUCGUUGCUGUUCGCGUAUAGUACUUCUGCCUAUGAGACGCACUGCAGGGCCACUGGCAGAUGGCUAGGCCUUUUGUGCUUCUACACUUCCCUCGUAAUCUCUCUCUGCCUCUCUCUCGCUCCUUCUAUUCCCCGUCCUUGUUGUCUUCGAAGCUCUCUCGCGGGCAGAGUUAAAUUUACUAACCCAUAUGGCGCCCCUCGCGCCACCUCUGCGCCAGUUCUCUCGUCUCACUUCAAAAAUCCGUCCUGCUCGUUCUUUUCCCUCGUCGUGUUUUAGAGCCGCGUUUCUCCAUUGUUUUUCAUUUUUCUUUUCUUCUUCUUCUUCUUCUCCUUCAACAGCGUGUUAUUUAUUUAUCUUUUCUCCUCUUCUCCCGCUGAUUUUUUCUCGUCGAAAUUUUUCUACCGCAUCGUUUAACCUGCUGCCCUCUGUCUCGAUUCUCUCCCCCGACUCUUCACUACCGUAUUAUCGGCCGAUAUUACAAGCUAUAUCGGGCAGCAAAAGGCUGCCGGUUCGAAGACAGAAACUCUUCUCGAGGAGGAAAAAAAAAAAAAGAAAAAAAAAAGAAUUGACGUUCUUGGAAGAAAGAAGGCUGGCCGGAAUCCUGCGUGUGGAAACAACCUUUGGAUCGGCACGGUAGUCUGUCUUCUUAUACCAGCGGCGGGCGACGUCAGGGAAAAGGAAUAGGCGGCGUCGUAACGUGUAAUCGCUAUUUGGAGUGUCGGAUUUAUUUUCGUUGCGCCAGUGCGUGAGAAUGGGUUUUCAUUCAGCAAAAAAAAAAAACAAGAGAGAAAUUCUCGUGCAACUCGACAAUAAUCGUGAAUCCUCGAAUAUUCUAAUGAACAAAAUCUGAUCAUCUGACGAUAAAAAAAAGCAAAAUACUCCCGUGUGAUAUGGAAGAUAAUUUUUAUUCGAAAGUAUUUAACACCGUAUCCCUAACUAGGAGGAAAUCCUUCGAAGUCUGAACGCACGGACGGAUCGACGUGCCGGAAAUGCGCUAAUUACAGCCACUGCCGGGAGUCGCGGUGCGUAGACGCAAAAGCAACAAUGUAUCAUUAAUAACAGUUAGCGGAAUGGCUCGGAUAGAUGAGCUUCUUUCGCUCGAUGCGUGAAAAGACGACGAAAAGAUGACGGGUUGAAAUAAAUAAAUACAUCCCGUCUCCCCUUCGUGGUUUUCUACGCUGGAUUCUUCAUUCCUGGAUUCCUUUCUUAAUUACCAUGUGUCGGUCGAUCCGUGAGAUAAGAGAAAAAAAAAUGAUGGAGGAAUCGUCGUGUUACCAAAAGUUAGUCAGAAAAAUAGUGAAGAAGAGGUUGGUUGCGCAAGCGUGUUCUGGAAUACGCAUGUCUGCCGUUAAUUAAAAGACAGAAACGUUCCCCCCAGCUUGAUACACGUAAUCGUAACCUUCGUCUGGUUGCAUCAAGAUCGAGAGCCGCACUCUUCCCGUCUCUUUCUCUCUCUUCGUCGUUCUUGGGUUAAUUGCUUUACGUUACACCGUGUUGCGAGACUUAUUAAAACAGCACGAUUCGCGACAGUGCCGCUAUUGUGCAGAAUCGUCGAGGAAUUCACUUGAUUCCGUCGAGUUCUCUAUGAACUCGAUCUUUUAUUAUUACCAUAUCUCCCUCUAUUUUAAUAUAUUUUUCUCCAUUAUUUUUCUCUUGGUUAAUUAUUUUUUUUUUUUUUUAAUUUCUUGCUCCUCUUUUAUUACCUUUUCAUCGAUGAGAUCAAUUCAUUCCCUCGCGAAUUCUUAUCGAUAAUUUCUCGCCAUCGCAGGUAACGUAAUUCCUUAUUGUCACCCGAAAACGGUUGCACAAAGAUGAUCGGGUCGGUUCAAAGAAUCAUUAAAAAAAUUCCUUUCUUUUCCUUAUAUCUUUGCUGUGUGUCCGCGGUCCUCAAAGCACAAGCGGAGCCGCGCGUAUCGUACAUACUCGAGGAUCGUGGGUACCAACCCGAGAAGGACGUCGAGCACAGAGAAAAAGAGAGAAAAGGACAAAUGAAAGGCUCGCGCCGCGCGACCAACAGAGACGGCUAAGGAUAGAGAGGAGCAUAAAGGUGGCAUACACACAUACAGGCGCUCACGUAUAUGUACAUGAUACGUAUAUUUAUAUAUAUAUAUAUAUAUAUAUAUAUAUAUACGUAACCAACCGCGUAGAGAAGGUGGGGAAAUGACGAAGAGAAGGUGGGACCGAAAGAGACGGAGAAUCGUGGUCCCACGGCCGAAAAGGCUGCGUGAUUCGCGUCCCAGACGAAGGAACAAGCGGAGAAGGGCGUCGGAUGAAUGGCUGACUCGGGUAUACGCCGAUACGCGGCUUCCACGACGUGAAACGUUUAGCAUAAAUUACGUCUUAGAGACGGGGAGAGGACUCGAACGCCGGCUGACCGGUACUCUACCCGACUCAGCUCCACGAUGCUCGGAAUACCAUGAGUUUUUUAUAACCGAGAUAUAUACCGGGGGGAUUCGGUGAAAGUUUUGCAAUUGUGGAUGUCGGUGAUCUUUCGAGGCAAAUGGAAAAGUGUCGCUUCGUUUUUCUUCGUCAAUAAAGGGUAUUAAUAGAGAAUCGUGAAAGAAUAUUAAUUAAUUCUGAUAUGUUAUAAAUAGUAAUAUUAAAGAGUAUAAUAUUUUUAGAGAAGAAAAUAUAUGUUAAUCAUUUUAUUAAAUUGAUGUAAAUUCAGUAAUAAUAUUUGCCAAGUUUAGUGUUUUUUUUGCGAUAUGACGUAAGAUGCUAGUAUAAUGAAGUUUGACGCGAACAGAUGAAACGAAGAAACUUCACGAUGCAGAACUUAUUGCUAGUAAGAUUUUAGACUGUAGAGUAUCUUUAGAAUACUCUACCGCGUUUGACCUCUUUUCUACUUCGUUGCUUCCUUCCUUUCUCUCAUUCGCAUGAUGCACGGGCAAUAAAAUCGUUUCAUAUUUUCAAAUCGAUAUAUCGACGCGUCACACGUCAAAUCGAGAGAAUCGAAUGGCGGAAAAGUAGUGUUGCAGGUGGCGCCUCAGGGACGGCCAUUGUGUUCGCGAUCGUGGGAAAGUCGGCCGCUAAUUAACCGUCAAAAUCUAAUUAGCAGAAUAACUAAUUAGAGCGUUACGCUGGCUAACGAUUACAAACGUGCUCGAACUUAUCUACAAAUAGCUACUAAGAGGCGGAGCACGAUUAUUCGAAGCGUGUCGUGGAUGAUGAAGAAGAGAAGUUCGCUAUUUACCUCGUCUUUUACUUCUCUUCCCUCUUCGUCUUUCUCGCAGCAUCAGUGAUUUCUUUCAGAACGAUGCUGGAAGAGCUAAACGAAAGAAACGAAGAAGAGUGUUCUCCGUAAUAAUAGUAGAAUGGCUUUCUGUCCGGAGGCCAUGUUUUUUUUACUAGUCGUGCGCGCCACUAAUGCCGGGAAGAAAGAGAGAGUACGUAUAUGGGCCACGAGCGUUUCUAACCUCACUCUAGGCACAACUCGAACAGAGAUACAACAUAAACGGGAGUGUACUGCCCCACCCUGAAGGCGCGACACGUGGUCAUCGAACAGGGCACAUUCUCGCUGAUAGUGGAGGCUUAUCACGACGCAGACAACACGACACAACACUCGAGCGAGAAAGUGUUGAUAACCAGGCUGACUACGCAAAAGUGGUUGGACGUCGGGCCAAAUUGGACCGAGGACGAGUACAGGAGCGCCCAUUCGAAGAUGGUGUACGAGUACAGGGUGACUUGCGUGGCGCAUUAUUACGGGAAGGGUUGCGAGAACCUGUGCAGGCCGAGGGACGACAACUUCGGUCAUUACAGCUGUAGCCCGAGCGGGGAGCGCGUAUGCCUCUCUGGAUGGAAGGGCGACUACUGCAAUACCCCCCGCUGCCUGCCCGGAUGCGACGAGCAGCACGGACACUGCAAUCGACCCGACGAAUGCUUAUGCCACAACGGUUGGAAGGGAGCGUACUGCGACCAGUGCGUGAGAUAUCCAGGCUGCCUUCACGGUAGCUGCCAGAAACCCUGGGAGUGCCUCUGCGACGAAGGCUGGGGCGGUCUGUUCUGCAACCAGGACCUCAACUACUGCACGAAUCACAAGCCCUGCUUGAACGGCGGCACCUGCUUUAACACCUUUAACGGCCAGGGUUUGUACACCUGCUCGUGCGCGCCAGGUUUCAACGGCACUAACUGCGAGAAACCGCUUUUGGAUUGCGACUCGAACCCCUGCCUGAACGGUGGAUCGUGCACCAUGGACCCGCCCUAUGGAAAUUCUAGCCUGAUCAAAACAUCGGAAUCUUCCUCCUCCUCCUCUUCAUCAUCAUCAUCAUCGUCGUCGUCGUCGUCUUCGUCGUCGUCGUCGUCAUCGUCGUCGUCGCCGUCGUCGCCGUCGCCGUCGUCGUCCACCAGGCAACAUUAUCGCUGCACCUGUCCACCAGGUUGGCGAGGUAGACACUGCGAGAUCAGCUCGAGAUCCUGUCGAGAUUCUCCCUGCCAUCACGGAGCCAGCUGCGAGGACGACUCCCUUCACGGCUACGUGUGCCGUUGUCCUCCCGGUUACACGGGGAACGACUGCGAAUCCCAACUCGACCAGUGCUCGCCGAAUCCGUGCUCGAACGGCGCCACCUGUACCGACCUGGGGAACAGCUUUCGGUGCUCUUGUCCGCCCGGUUUCACCGGCGAACGCUGCGAGACCAACAUCGACGAUUGCCAGGGCGACCCCUGCCUGAACGGCGGGACCUGCGUCGAUCUAGUCAAUCAGUUCCGUUGCCAGUGCGUGCCCGGAUACGUGGGCCGGUUAUGCCAGGACAAGGUGGAUUACUGCCUCACGAAACCGUGCGCGAAUGGUGGCCGAUGCAUAUCGGGGACGAACGAUUAUAGGUGCGCGUGCAAGCCUGGAUUCACCGGCAAGGAUUGUAGCGUGGACGUGGACGAGUGCAGAAGCGCGCCCUGCAGGAACGGCGGCACGUGCCUGAACCGUGUGAACGGAUUCCUUUGCCAGUGCGCGGACGGUUGGCACGGCGACACUUGCGCGGAGGAAGUAGGAAGCGGGACGGUCGCGUUGCCAGCUCCGUCGAACACAGCGGCAGCCGCUAUGCCGGCCGUCCCUCCGUCCGGGGCUAGUUACUGGUCGGGAAAUCUGUCGAGGCACGUGGCGUCCGCGUCCGCGGAGCCCAGGGACGCAGGCCUCACCACCGAGCACGUGGUGGUGAUCGCCACGUUGUCCACGGCCGUGCCAGCGUUCGUCCUGGUCGCGGCCGUCGCCGUGAUGUGCAUGAAGAGGCGGCAGAAGAGGGAACAGGCGAAAGCGGACGAGGAGGCGAGGCUGCAGAACGAGCGGAACGCUGUGCACAGCAGUAUGAGCAAGCGUGGCGGUGGAAUGGGCGGUGGAGCGGGGGUCGGGUCGGGCGGGAGCCAAGGGGUUGGGAUCGGUAACGUCGGGCUGCUGGGCGGCGGCGGGAGCGGAAUGAUCAGCGCCGGAGGCGGGGGCAGCGUGUGCACCCUCGGCACCGGGGAUGCCCACAUGAUAAAGAACACAUGGACGGCGAACAAGAGCGUGAACAACGUCGCGUCCGCCAGACAGGACGACCUCGACUCGUCGUUUCAGACGGACGUCACGCUGGAUAGCUCUUGCUCGGGUUACAAGCCAGAACCGGUGCUGCAGGACGGGCGAACGCGGACGACGAAGCAACUGAACACGGAGGCGGCCGCUCACAGGGCGUCCCACCUCUUCCAAAAGGAGAAGGAUUGUCUGGGCCUUGGUCUCGGCAUAGGCGUCGGUGUCGGCGUGAUCGAGAGUGCCAAGAGGUCGUCGGUGUUCGCCGGUAACGCGACGACGGACAGCUGUUGCGCGGCGGAAGCGGCGUUGCUCAAGAGGCCGACCAACAUCACCGAAGGGGGCAGUGGUCCACCGGGGAGCGGUGGCGGUGGAGGUGCCGAGACCGGGUGCGGGGUAUACGUUAUAGACGAUCACUAUAGGCACGACACGUCGCUCGCGGCGACGCUCGCGACGGAAGUGUAGUUUUUCUCCCCCUCUACUCCCCCGUGUCCAGCUUUGUUGUUCUACGAUAAAUAGUAUAGAGACGAGAGCCAGUCGACCGAUUAACGUGGACUCUAUGUAUAUAUAUAUAUAUGUGUAUAUAUACGUACGAUGUAUAUACAUAUAUACAUAUAUUCGUAAAACGAACAUUUAUCUUCCUCCGUAAAUGACCGAAAAUGCUGUGCGUGCCCCCGCGUGCGACUCACACGCGACCAAGAAGAAGAAGAAGACGAAGAAGAAGAGGAAAAGGAAAAAGAAGAAGAAGAAGAAGAAGAAGAAGAAUAACUCUUGUUUUUCUCUCUGCGCGUUACAAUACGUUUGUUUCGUCGUCGCAGCGCACCGUCCUCGACGCGCGUAACUACCAACCGGCGCGACAGAGAAACACACGCGUUACGAAUCCCUUUGUGCAUAUACGCGCACGUACGUACACGAAUACUACAAUAGUCAUCUACGUGUGGUGCGCGCCGCGCUCGGCUCUCCGUUAUGGGCCAGCGGGUGAACGGGCGUGCGUUUCUUUGCGAUUCCUUUGUUUCUCUCCCUCCCGUUGCGCAGGACGUCGCGCGUGAGAACGUUCCACCGGACUUUGCCACUACGGUGACGACACACAACACGGUGGUAGCGGGACGCGUUGCUUGCUGUUGUUGCUGUUCGUGUUGCUGAAGCAAGAAGUCGGCUCGCGCGUGCACGUUCUAUUGGACGAUCGCGCGGGACGAUCCUCCGUUGAGGUUGAUGUUGACGAGAAGACAACGGGGAGUGGAGAGACUCCCGAGACUCCUUCCUUGAGAAAAGAAGAAAGAAAGAAAAGAAAAGAAACGGAAGAUGAAGAAAAUGACGAUGAAGACGAAGAGGAAGAGACUUCAGCGAGGAGUUCGACAGCAGGGGAGCAAAAUGAAAUAUACAUAUAUAUAUGCACACAUAUAAAAAUAUAUAUAUAUAUAUAUGUAUAUAAUACGAAAUGCUGUGGUGGCGGACGAUCGCGAAUAUCAUCGUCCGACCCGUUCUUAGGUAUUACAAUAUUAUAUAUCAUGUUCGAAGCGAAACUUUGUACAGAACUAAUUUAUUAUUAUUGUUAUUUACUAUUAUUACUAUUUGCUAUUAUUAUUAUUAUUAUUAUUCUAAUUAUUAUUAUUAUUAUUAUUAUUAUUAAUAUUAUUAUUCUAAUUAUUAUUAUUAUUAUUAUUAAUAUUAUUCUAUCGUAUCCCAUUAUCAUUGUUCCGAUAGUUCUCCAUUGUAUCUCUAUUUUUCUCUCUUUCUCUCUCUUCUCUUCUCUGUUCCUUUUUUUUGAAUCGCGUGACUGAAGAUUUUUUUUUCUUUUUUUUUUUUUUCUUUCCCCUACUCUCUUUUCUUCAUGGCUAACGAGAGACGCGUUCACGAGGAUACUUACUUUUGCGUGUACACAACUACGUGUGUAUGUAUGCGAUUCUAUGUGUACAUGUGGGUGUGUGUGUGUGUAUUGUGUGUGUAUUCGCGGCCGAUAGCGAUAUAGCGUGCAUGCAUCGAGAGUAUGUCUGUUUUUCGGUACGCGCGUGUGUGUGUGUAUGUGUAUUCCUCCCUCCCCCCCUCCGUAUAUGUAAUAUGUAUAUAAUAUGUAAAUGUACAUGUAUAUGUAUGUGCGUCCAUCUGUUCGCUUGCGAGCAAGUCCUCAGUGAGAGAGUACGAAGCAGAGUAACGACCAGAGAGAGGAGAGCGUUUGUAUGUACCGUGCGUAUAUAGUUACGAGCGAGAAAGUUUACGACGAAUUAGGAUUCAAACGAUGUCGCCCCUUCGUGAGAUUUUUUUAUUUUUUUUUCCCCUCGGAUUUUUUUUUUCCUUUUUUAGCCUUUCGGGUAGCGCUAUUUUUUUCGACGAUCAAUCGGAUAUUAAUACCUUCUUUUUUUUUCUUUCUUUUCUCUCUCUCUCUCUCUCUCCCUCUUUCUCUCUCUCUCUCUCCCCCUUCUUUCCAUUAACCUUCUUUCGGGACGAUGUCACGUGGAUCCGAAACGAGUCGUUCGAGGGUACAGCUUUCGGAUCGUUGUUCCAAUUGGUAAUGUAUAACGCAUAAAAAGAAAAAAAAACAAACUCAUUACCCGGCAAUCUGGGAUUUCCUCGUGGCAAGCCUGUCUUGCCGGGUCAUCGAGUGCUGAAUAAUUUAGUUCAAUUAGGCGUUUCUUUUUUUUUUUUUUUUUUUAAUAUUGAGAACCAUCUAUUUGCGUCAUCGUAAGAACGUUUGAAGGAACGAGAAAUUCGAAGGAAUUUGAGGGAGGGGGGGGGGAAGUCGCAUUACCUCGAUCCGGAAGUCGUGACGAUUCCUUUCAUGGAGCCCUCCGAUCGUUUCGUCUGAACCAUGGAUAAACGUCCCCGAUCGUGGGAUAUCGCUAAAAUCAAAAUUCACGCUCGAUUACAUAGCCAUAUUGAUCGAAUAAGCAUAAUUUUCAACGGCGAUUUUUUUGUACUUUAAUUGGAAAAAAAAAAUUUCUCGAUAAAUAAAAGGAGAGGAAAGAAGGAAAGCUUAUGGCGAUGGAGAUUUUCUAUCGGAAAAAAUUAAUUUUUGCAAAACAAUUGAAAUCGUUUGAUAAUGAUCGAAGUGCGUUGACUAACUUUCUAGGGAAUAUUCGAGUGAAUCCCAUCGGCUUUCCUUCGCCCAACUUUCGACAUUUUUUUCGUAUCCGCGUGCGCCUCCGAUGAUGCGGCACAUCAUGCAACAGUGAAACACAUUACUCGCGAUAUGUAUAAAUACAGAUAAAUAAAA